ACUGUCAUAUACCGGCGAAUGUUGUUGUUAUUCGCAAAAUUGGAAACACAUUCUCCUCUUGGUUCGCUUUUCGCAAAAACGUGCAAUUUAUGGUGUUUGCGUGGUGAUUUCAGUUAAAACCCGAACGCGAUGAAGGUUCGCCAUAGCCGUCCGCAGAAAAACGUUCGCCAGGGGGGCCGAAAUGGGCGCAAAAGCAGCAAAGCGCCGGCGGUGAAAACGCGCAAAGAUUUGCGCAAGGAAAAGCGCCAGCAGAAGAAGCUGAACCGCUUCAACUACCACAACCGCAGCCGGAAGGAACGGCAGGGGCAGGGAGCAGGAGACGGCCGACACCAGAAGCAGCACGGAGGCAAGUUUGCACACGAUCAGCAGUCGGAUGGCGACGACGAGUCGGAGGUGUUUGACGAUGAUGAAGAGAUCCCGUCGGACGAUUUUAGCGAUGAGGAGGACAGUGGGAAGGGCAUGGCAAGGGGCAGCAAGAACCAGCCCGUGUCGAAACCCUACACGAGCCAGUUGGAAGUGGAGCGGGAGAAGGAAAUGAUGGAGUUGCGCCGGUAUGAGGAAGGGCUCAAAUCGAACCGCAUCAAGCAGCUGGAGGCGGCGAACGAGGAGGACGAUCGUGUGAUUGAAAAGUACGAAAAGCUGUUGAAGAUCAACCGCCGCCGGAACAAGGAAGGUAUACCGAAAAGCUUCAACGAUGGGUUGGACUACGCGCUCGAACUGUGCACCGACGAGAGCAUACGGAAAAUGUACGAAGCGGCUAAGGAGGCGGCCGAGCUGGAGGAAAACUCGGGCGAUGAGUUUGUGGAGGAUUUGAAGCAAGCCGUCGGGGGAAAGCUGAACGAUGAGCCGAAGGAAGAUAGUGGCGAGCCGUCGAAGCGAACCAAGAAACGUAAAGAAAAACUAUCGCCUAAGGAACGGAAAAGGGUGGAAAAGUUGAAGAAGAUUGAGGAGAAGUACUUUGGGCUGGACGAUAUGGACGACGAUUUGGGUGAGUACGAUUCGGAAAUGGAGCAGGAGGAGGAGGUGGCGGAUGAAAACGGUGGCGAGUCGGAUUAUUCGGAAAACGAUGAGCUGUACGAUUCGGACGAGGAGGAGGACGACGAGCUAGAAUCGGAUGAGGAGCAGGAAGAGGAGAAAAAUGGAAAGCGAGUAAAAUUUGCCCCCAAAGAGAAGGUGGACAAGAAGCGCAAGAGGGCGGAUAGCAUGUCCGAAGAGGACGAAUUUGAUGAUUUCGAUGAUGAUGAUGACGCGUAUUCGGAUGAGGAUAGUGAAGCAGAGCUUAGUGAAGAGUUCGAGCCAAGGAAAGGGGUAAAACAAAAAAAUGGCAAUCAAAAGAAGAGCAAAAAGACCAAACGGGAUAACAACAGUGACGAGGAAGAGGAUGGAAAUGGUGCAGGACGCUUCGUGUUGCUAAAACCCAGCAAAGAAAAGCAGUCGAAAAAUGGAAAAGAAACGAAGAAAAAGGCCACCGGCAAGCGGUGGCAAGCAUCGUCGGACUCGGAAGAGGAACCGGAGUACGACGACGAGGAGGAAGAUUUCGACGAUGAAGACGAUGGGCUAGACGACCUGUUCGAUGAUGAAUCUGGCUCGGACGAUCCGUCCGACGGUGAAGAUGGCAGCAAAUCCUCCGCCAAAAAAGACGACGGCACCUGGGAAGACAUCUACGGCCGUAAGCGCGACAAAGCGGGCAAUAUCAUCAAGGAGGACAAUAGCAGUGCCGGCGCCACCGGUGGCAAAUACGUUCCCCCGCACCUGCGCGCCAAACUGGAGGCGGAAGCAGCCGCCAAUGGGAACGCAACCGAUCCGAAGCAGCAGGAACGGUUGCAGCGUCUCCAGCGCACGCUCAAGGGACAGAUUAAUCGGUUGGCCGAAUCGAACGUGCACCGCAUCUCCAUCACGCUGGACAAUCUGUACAUGCAGAACGCACGGCACGACAUGAACAGCACGCUCACGGCGCUCAUACUGGAGGCAACGGUCGUGCCCACGCUGACGCCUGAGCGGAUGGUGCUGGAGCACAUGCUGCUGGUGGCCAUACUGCACGCCAACGUGGGCGGCGAGGUGGGCUCACAGUUUCUCGAAACGAUCGUUGGCCGGUUCCUGGAGCUGCUGGGCGAGAUCGAGACGACGCCGAACGAGGCAAAGCAGCUGGACAACUGUGUGCAGCUGAUGUGCCACCUGUACACGUUCGACAUCGUCAAGUGCAAGAUCGUGCACGAGGUGAUGCAGAAGUUGAUCGAGUGCUUCAACGAGAAGGCGGUGGAGUGCAUCCUGCUGGUGCUGCGUACGGUUGGGUUUAUUCUGCGCAAGGACGACCCACUGGCGCUGAAGGAGUUGAUCAUUGCGAUACAGAAGAAGGCAGCGAACGCGCCGGACAAGCUGAAGAAUGAUCCACGUGUUAAGUACAUGCUGGAAAUACUGUUGGCGGUGAAAAACAACAACAUGAGCAAGAUACCCCAGUACGAUCCGACGCUGGUGGAACACUUCCGCAAGCUGCUCAAGGGCAUGAUCAACAACGGCAAGUACGUAUCGUCGCUCAACAUCGGCAUCGAGGACAUCGUAAAGAUACCGGAGCGCGGCAAAUGGUGGCUCGUCGGGUCGGCCUGGCUAGGGGCCAAAGAUGCGGGGCCAAACACCGGUGGAAAACUAGGGUCCACCUCCACCUCCACAGGGGAAGCCCAGUACAGCGAGCAGCUGCUCGAGCUCGCCCGCCAGCAGCGCAUGAAUACGGACGAUCGGCGCAACGCGUUCUGCAUCAUCAUGAGCGCCGAGGACUAUCUGGACGCGUUCGAGAAGCUGCUGCGGCUAGCGAUCAAAGAUCUGCGCAUUCUCGUGUCCGUCAUCAUACACUGCGCGCUGGCGGAGAAGGACUACAACCCGUACUACAGUGUGCUGGCGCAAAAGUUUUGCGACUACGACCGGCGCUACCAGCUAGCGAUCCAGUACGCGCUGUGGGAUCGGUUGAAGGAGAUCCAUUCGCUGCAGCAGCAGCAGGUUCGCAACUUGGCCCGCUUCAUUACGCACCUCAUCGGGGAAGGGGGGUUGGCCCUGUCCUGCCUCAAGGUGGUCGACCUGGCUGAGAUCGAUAAGGUGAACUUGCGGCUGAUGCGCCAGAUCAUGCUGGGACUGUUGCUGAUGGAGGACGAGAACAAGUGUCUGCAGGUGUUCAGUCGCAUUUCGGCGAGCUUCAAGCUGAAGGCAUUCAAGGAUGGGAUCCGGCUGUUUAUGCAUCACUUCCUGGCACGGGGUAGCAGUUCGGCCAACAGUAGCAGCCUACCGGAGGAGCAGGUGCAGUUGCUACAGGAACGCAUCAAGCAGGCCGAUGAGCUGCUGGCGACGGAUACGAAGAUUGAGUGCGAUUUUUAGAGCGACGCUGUGCAGAGAUCAGAAGAAAAGAAUAAAUCGUUUAAAAGUGA